UUUGGUACACUGCCUGCUACCCCGGAACCUCCGUCAGCCAAAGACCGUCAAAGUCCUUCAAGUGUUACCUUCAACGACUUGGAGAUCGAGAUGUCUUCGAUUUCAGGAAUCCCCAGUAAGAUGAAAGGAGUGGUCUGCUACGCUCCAGGUGACUACCGCAUGGAGGAGCUUGACGUGCCGACGGUCGGUCCGGAGGAGGUGCUGGUGAAGGUGACAGCGGUGGGGAUCUGUGCUGGAGACGCCAAGUGUUACGCCGGGGCGCCGCUCUUCUGGGGUGACAAGGAUCGUGAGCCGUACUGCCAGCCGCCCAUCGUGCCCGGGCACGAGUUUAUCGGCGAGGUGGCGGCGCUUGGUCCAGGGGCUGCCGAGAAGUUCUCCCUGGAGUUAGGAGACCAGGCCAUAGCGGAGAGCAUCGCACCAUGCUGGAAUUGCAGAUACUGUCAGAGGGGACAAUACCACAUGUGCAUGCCGCAUGACAUUUACGGCUUCCACCAGCGAACUCCAGGUGCGAUGGCUGGAUACAUGAAGUACAUAUCGGACAGCAUCAUUCAUAAGGUGCCAAAAUCCGUGCCUCCUUACCAAGCCGCCUUCAUCGAGCCGUUGGCCUGUUCCAUUCACGCCGUGGAGAGGGGGAACAUCCAGUUCCGGGAUGUGGUGGUGGUGUCGGGCUGCGGCCCCCUCGGUCUCGGAAUGGUAGCGGCCGCCAAACAGAAAAAUCCUGCAAAACUGAUUGCGCUGGAUAUGUUCGACUGGAAGUUGGACAUCGCCAAGAAGUGUGGCGCUGACGUCGUCCUGAACCCAGGCAAGUGUGACGUCAUAGCAGAAGUGAAGAAGAUGACGGACGGAUACGGAUGUGACGUGUACAUCGAGGUCUCAGGCAGCCCUGUCUCCGUUAAACAGGGUUUGCACAUGAUCGCCAAGCUGGGUACUUUUGUGGAGUUCAGCGUUUUCAAGAACGAGACGUCCGUGGACUGGACAAUCAUUGGUGACACCAAAGAACUGACCAUCCACGGCGGCCAUUUGGGGUACAACACCUACCCAAAGGCCAUCUCCAUGCUGGCAAACAAAGAGCUGCCAAUAGACGACAUCAUCUCGCACCAGCUCCCUCUAUCGGACGUGGUAAAGGGCAUUGACCUUGUCAACAGCAGCAGCGAGUCCAUCAAGGUCGUACUCAUCCCAGAGUGAAGCUGAAAAAAAUCUGCAGCGUCAUCAGAGGUUGUGCACAUUCCGAAUCAAAACUACACAAAAUCUGAAGCAUCAUCAAAGGUUGUGCUCAUUUUGAAUCAAAACUACACAUAAUCUGUAUCAUCAUCAAAUGACGUGCUCAUUCCAAAUCGAAACUACACACAAUCUACGGCAUCAUCAAAGGCCGUCAUGCUCCUUCUGAAGUGCAUCGUCAAGUGCGUCAUCUCGUUCAAAUCCGGAAGUGAAGCAUAAUUUGCACAUCAUCAAAUGUAAUUUAGCACUUUUAAUGGAAUGAAUUUCAGCACCAAGGACAUUGCAAUGUCACUUGUCCUAAAAUCAACCACGUCUGGAAUUAUUGCGUGCUGUUGAGGGCAAAGAAAAUAUUAUCUGAGCUAUUGUGACUGUAGUUAUUCUGCAUGCAAUGUUUUAAAUUUCAUACACAAUUGAACAUGUCUGAGAAAUUAUGGACUGUUGGUGUAAUAGCAAGGAAUAUACCUCAACGUUGCAUCUGAGUAAUCAUGAUUGUAAACAAAAAUGAUGAAGCAAGGAGUAAAUCUCGCAUUUUAUUCAAGUCUAAAAAUUUGCUUCCAAAAUGUUCUUUAUAUACUUAAUUGUGAUAUAUAUAGACAAAUAUUUCAGGUCAACUUGUAUAACAAGUCAAUGUUAAUACCACUGUAUUCAUAAAUAAUUUCUCUGAGGCAGAUCUGUACAAUUUCUCCCUUCAACAUUAGAUUCCUGAAUAUAAACAUCCUCUUAACAUUUGCCACACAAAUAUGGCUAAAAAUCAUUACAAAUACAUUGUGCGUUAUGUCAAUUCAAAUGUUAACAGACACUACAUAGUUCAUUGGCAUAUUUCUUUAGUGUGUCACUAUAAUUGGUACACAUUAACCCUGUAUUUGUUACAACACAUUAGAAUUACUUAGAAUUAACCAAUGAUAUGUGACAGGAUAAACCUGUACUUCCCAAAACUCUGGAUUGGUUUGUUAAUUCUUGGUAAGGCUGCAAUUAAUGCUUCAAAUACAUGUACAUCAAAAGGCAGCAAUUCAUGGUGAAUAUGCAUGAAAAUGACAAUCUUGACAACAUUAUUAAAAAUAAUCACCAAAAUCUGUAAAGUACCACACAUUAAAAACUGAUAGAAUCCACAAACCUUUCAUGGUUAAUGUUGCCUUAUUACAAAAGAGACAUUACAAUCCUAACUAACAUUACAUCAUCAAAUCCUAACAAGCUAUGUAGUAAUCUUGGUGAAUUGCA